AUGGAGUUGGGAGGAAGACGCCAUACAGUGAGACAACAAAUGUCACAGUUCAAGGAGAAGAUCAGGGCCUGGUGGAGCGGGAGCGGGAUCGACUAUAAGUCUAGGCUGGAAGAAAUAUGGCCUACACAUGAGAGGCCAUGGCGUCAGCUGCAUCCCUAUUCAGACUUGGCCAUCGAUGUGGAGACUGAGCAAAGCACUCGACGCCUGGAAAUUGGUGGAUCGUUUGAGGACGUCCCGGCGAGGCAUCUAUCCGCGCCAGUACCCGGGCCGAUUUGCCUCUUCCGUCCAACAAUUGCUUCAUGUUUCACGGGGAUAUUCACCCAGCACCAACAGCAGGAUGAGGAGUGUCAGUAUGCGAAGGAUGUUCAGCGACGAUCAUGCUUUCCGGAGGUCAGGAUUGGCCACGGAUCUUCAAGCCUGUAA